CGGUGAGCUCAUCCCUGGCCCCACGCCGCAGCAGACCCUGCGUCACACCACCACCUCACCUACCAUCCCGCCGCACGCGCUGCACCCCCGCACCUACACCCUGAUGGACCCACUCCCGCUCUACGGCGCGCCGCCGCUGCUGCCGCACAGCGCAAAGGCCACAUCGGCGUCGCCCACGCUCGCCGCGCUCACACGCCACCCGUCGCCGUUCGACUCGCCGUGGGACGCGAGCGUCUCGUCGCCGGCAUCGUCGCGCGACUUUGGCUCGCCGGCCCUCUUCGACUUCGACGCCGCGCCCGGCUCGCCCAACGGCACCGCGACGCUGCCGGGCUCUGACGCCGCCGCGGCCGACGACUUCGCCUGGCUUGCCGGCGUCGAUCUGUUCGGCGCCGCCGGCGCAGACGUCCCUGCCACGCUGCAGGCAUCUGCCGCCGCGCCUGCCGACCGCCAGAGCGAGCUGUCGCACGAAGUUCAGAGCCUGCUCUCCGCGCAGUGCGGCCUGCCGCAGGACUUCUCGUUCGACACCACCCUCUCGACGCGCGGACACAACGCUCUGCUCACCGUCGCAUCGCGUGGCGUCAGCCGCAGCAGCAGCGCCUCGUCGCUCCUUGCUCCGACGCCCACGUCGACUGCACCGCGCUCGCCGUCGCCGGCCAACUCGCAGGACUCCACCAUCGCGUCCCUCGCAGCGGCCUUCGUGCGCGAGUACGCGCGCACGCACGAGAGCGCCGAUACGGCCGUACUGCUGCGCGCCCUGGCAGUGGCCGGCAUCGAAGUGAGCAUGCACACCGUCGAGGACAUCCUCUCGGCCUACGCCGCCGGUGCGCCGUCCCCGACCCUGCGCUCGGCGACGCAGUCGCGCUCGCCCUCGGUUGCCUCGUUCAGCAGCUCCAAGGCCGACUCGCUGUCGGCAUCCGUCACCGACUGGCCCGCUCCGCAGAGCUGGACGACGCUCGACGCUCAGUCCGUGCUGUCCUCUUCGGCGCACUCUCCGCUCGGCGAUGAUGCGGCGGCUGCCGUGACGACAAUCGGUGGCGAGCGCGCCCCCGCCUCGGGCAAGGCUCGAUCUUCUCUUCACACGACGCACAAGGACAUCACGGUCGGCGGUCGCUCGUCGCAGCCGCUGCUCUCGACCCGCGGCUCCGGCGCAGCCCGUCGCUUCACCUGCUCCGUCUGCUCAAAGGUCUUCGAGCGUGCAUACAACGCACGCACGCACAUGACGACGCACCUCUCGGCCGACGCGCGCGAGCGCCCCUUCGUCUGCCCGUGCGCGUGCGGCAAGGACUUCGCACGCAAGCACGACGCCAUGCGUCACUACCGCAGCGUUCACCUGCGCAAGGGCGAGGCCGUCGACGAGGAAGCAGUCUCCCGCGCCGUGCAGGGCCACGCCAAUCCGACGGCCGGCGAGAUGAUGGAGGAGACCUAGUCUUUCCGUCCACCACCCGUUUGCAAGCGUACAACCGCACUCCACCUCUCAUCGGCCUCCGGCCCUUGUGCUCCGUGCCCGACGUCCGCGUCGCGCCACGCACUCGCGCUCAAGCUCGGCCUCGCUGUCUCCGCCUCUGCCCGGACGACCUGCGCCAGCUGCGCCUCGCGCCCUCGAGUCUCCGCCCCGCGUGCCUUCGCCGCACGUGCAGCGCAAGACCCGAGUGUCCGCGAUCCCACCCCUCCAAGCCUGCUCAGCUGUCAGCCUCCGCCUCGAACGUUCUCACCCCAUCCCGCCGCCUCCCUCCCACCACCCCACCACCCGAGAUUCGCUCCCGCGACUUGUAAUGAGUCGGGAGCCGUCGGGCGUCGAGCCUGCUGAGCCCCAUCCUUCCCUUGUUCCCU